AUGUUAAUUUUCUAUGGUUCUUAUGGCUAUGCAAAUUGUACAGCACAAGCAGGUGUGACUUGGGAUAAUUGUAUUGAUUUGUGUUACGCCAGUUCGAAUUGCUAUGUGAGUUUAGAAAAUUCAAAAAAAAAUUAAAUGAGAACUGUUUUUCUUGUAGUCCGCGUAUUCGACUUCAGCCUCAGCUUGUAAUUUUUGUGGUUUUGGAGGUCUGAAAACAAUAGUUUUCUCAAGUUCUGAAACACCUACAAUUAUUGCAAUCAAGGUACAUUUUGUUUUCAAAAAUGUAGGAAACAAAACAAAGCCAAUAUGUUUAGAGUGAUGCUACAACAUGCCCAGCAAGUCAAGAUCUCACCACUGAAUACAUUAAUCAAAUCAGAUAUUGUGUAGAUGGUUUGGCAAAACUUAUUCGACCGAAUAACGCAGUAUGUGUGCAGCGCCUUGUUUAUACAUUAUUCUCGAAUAAAGUUGAAUCCAAUCAGAAAUGUGCCAAUUUCAAACCCAAUGGAACUGUUCUCGGUUUACAAACUGAUGCUGAACGAACAAAUUUUGCAGGUGUGAAUCCAACUUAUGGAAGUAAUAUGAGUGUUUGGAUUGCUUUACAAAGAUCGACUGAGGGUGGAGAUUUCGAAUGGACAGAUCCGUGGUUGACAGGAACUGGAAGUAUCGCCUGGGCUUCUGGACAUCCAUUGUCUGGCGCAAGAUGUGCGACUUUGCAAAUUGGAACUGCUCUCAUACAAAGUGUUAGGUAACAUACAGAGUUUUUGACAAAAAGUAAUUUCAUUUUGAUUUUCAGUUGUGUUGGAACAAGUUGUCCAUCUUCUUAUUGCCCUAAAUUUGUACUUUGUGGUUGGGUUAUUGAAUAA